UGGCUACAGUUCGUAGUGGAGAGUCACCACCAUGGCCUUGUUUGUGGACUCGUGGCUCACGGAGCUGUUGGUAGCCCUGUCACUGGUGACAGUGGCGGUGUACGCCUGGUUCUCCCACAGGUACAAGUACUGGCACAAGAAGGGCGUGCCUUACCUGGAACCACAGUUUCCGUUUGGAAAUGUUUACGAAAGUUUUGUGGGCAAGCGAUCACUGCCACUGAUCAUCAGCGACGCUUAUCGGCAGUUUAAAGGUAAACGAUUCGGUGGAAUAUACAUCGUCACCCAACCAGCUUUGGUGACAGUGGACCCUGAUUUCAUCCGUGACGUUCUUGUGAAGGAUUGGACUUUCCACGACAGGGGAAUAAGAGUGGACGAAAAUGAACCCCUGGAACACCUCUUCUUGUUGGGAGGCAGCAAGUGGCGGCGGUUACGUGUAAAGCUGACACCGACGUUCACAUCGGGGAAAAUGAAGAUGAUGUUCCAGACGAUGGCGGCGUGCGGCCGUGAGAUGGCAGAAGUGCUGCAGGGGCCGGCGGACGCAGGGGAGGUGGUGGAGAUGCGCGAGGUGGCCGCCCGCUACGCCACUGACGUCAUCGCUUCCGUCGCCUUCGGCAUCGAGGUGGACUGUCAGCGCAACCCUGACGACCCCUUCAGGCAGUGGGGGCGCCGCGUCUUCGAGGCUAACGUGCGGGCCACAAUCAGUUUCCUUAUAAGCGCCAUCAAUCCCAAACUACUGACAACAUUUAGGAUAAGAAGUAACGCGUCGGCCGUCUCGCAGUACUUUCGUGGUAUGGUGAGAGACACUGUGAAGCACAGGGAGGAUAACGGCAUAACGAGGAACGACUUCAUGCACCUGCUGAUCCAGCUCAAGAACAAGGGCUCCAUCGACAGUGACAAGAGCGUUAAUCACAAGGAGAACGAGGAGGAGGACAAUUGGAGACUAUCGAUCGAUGACAUCGCUGCCCAGGCAUUUGUGUUCUUCAUCGCGGGUUUUGAGACAUCGUCAUCCACCGUGAGCUUUGCCUUGCACGAACUGGCCUUCAACCCAGACAUCCAGUCCCGGGUGCAGGAGGAGAUUGACGCUGUUCUGAAGGAGAACAAAGGAGAAGUCACUUAUGAAGCGGUGAACAAUAUGCACUACCUUGAUAAAGUUGUUGCAGAAACACUGAGGAAAUAUCCACCAGCUCCAGUACUGAGCAGGGAGAGCAAUGCCGAGUACCAGAUACCUGACAGUGACAUUAUCCUUGAGAAAGGUACUAAGGUUUUUAUACCUAUGUAUGGUCUGCAUCAUGACCCAGAGUACUUCCCAGACCCUGAACGCUUUGACCCUGAGAGGUUCUCAGAAGAGCAGAAGGCCCAGAGACACCCAUAUGUCUACCUGCCAUUCGGAGAAGGACCACGCAUCUGCAUAGGGAUGAGGUUUGGGUUACUGCAGACAAAAGUUGCUCUUACAUAUCUGCUGUCAAGAUUCAGCUUUGAACCAAGUGAGAAGUCUGUUCACCACUUGACCUUUGAGCCCAGAUCGUUUGUUCUCAUGCCAAAAGGAGGUAUCCAGCUGAGAAUGAGAAAGAGAAACCAAUUGUAGUCUGAGUUACAAAGGCUUUAACAUUUUGUACUUAUAUAUAUAUAUCUGUAUGUAUGUAUGUAUGUGUGUGUGUGUGUGUGUGUGUGUGUGUGUGUGUGUGUGUGUGUUUAGCAGUUCUUGUUGCAUUAUUUCUAAAGAAUAUAAAGCUGUUGUAAUUAGCAGUUAAAUGAGAUAUGUAACUAUAUUUUAUACCACUUAAGCCACUAUAUUAUAGUUAAUACACUACAUCACAUAACUCAGUUUAUCUAAGCUCCACAAUUAUGAAGAUGAUUGUUCUAAAUAUGCCAAUAUAUAAAGAAUAUUUACUACUCAGUAAACAGUGAUUUCUUUGAAAUCCAUUGAUAUAUGCUGUUUGCUACUAAUGAUUAUCUUUGACUGAGAGAGAGUCUGGUACAGAGUCAAAUGUUUCACUUGACUUCUCACUGUGUAAGCAUAAUAGAAAUUAUCAUUUCAACUGAGACUGUAACUUUCCUGAUACACUCUGAUGGCAUGUUAGAUCACUGUAAGGUCAAUGCCCUAAGUUUCAUCAUGUUAGGAUCAAGAAUUGAUGAUUCAUUUUGCAGAGGAUUAACACACAAGUAGUGUUUUCAUUUGCUAAUAAAAAUCUUCAUCCUGAAACCA